AUGUCGUCUUUCAAGUUUCCACCUCCACCUCCACCGCCGCCCAAGGCAUCUUCAAACGAUACAAAACACACAUAUGGCAGCCAGAGAGGCGGUUCUGGUCGAGGAGGCGGCGAAAGAGGACGUGGAAGAGGGGGUAGUCAAUCACGUGGCACGGGCAUGCACAGCUCGGCAGGAAAUAGCAGAGGUGGCUACAACCAUGAUCAUAUGCGUGGAGGCAGAGGCCGGGGAGGCCCAAGGGGAAGUUCGCAACAUCAAAGGGGUGGUGGAAAUCAUAGAGGCAGCCAACAUGCUGGACGUGCAUCAUCACAGAACUGGCAAGGCCCUCCAACGAAUGCGCCACCAGCCCAAGCGUAUAUCAAUCCUGCUUUUGUAAAUCAAUCGCAAGACCAGGGACAAGCGCAGUCCCAAGUCGACCCCAAUGCGCUGGCACAAGUCAUGUCGUACAUGUCUACCCCAGCUGGGGUCCAUUCAAUGGCUGCUUUUGCCAGUCAUAUGACGAAUGGUGGUAACACUCCGGUGCAAGGCUCGCCAACGUCACCGCCUAGAAUCAUACAAGUUUCGCCUCGUUACUCCCCGCAACAGCAAGCAGGCCAGAAACGGAAGCUAGGCGAUUGCAACAAGAAUACACAACCGCACACGCAACCUACAUGGACCCAACAGAGUACGAGGCCACCGCGUGCAAAGGCUGCUGUACCCCCUCCCGUACCUAGCUUUGGCUUCUCUUUACCCAUACCCUCCAUCGCUCCACCCAGUGCAGCCUCGAAUACCAAGAGUAAGAAGGAACAAAAAAAGCGCAAGCUCAACCUCGGAUUAUCAGACACUCGUCUCCCAGCCGAAGAGCCUACUAGCGACGGCGAAGCAGAAGAAGACGUCGACGAAGAAGCAGCAUGUGCUCAAAAGCUCAAGGAUGGUGGUUUUGCUUUCGAGUACCAAGGAGAGCAAAUCACGAUUCGUACAGCGGCAGAAGUGGCAGCCUGGGUAAGAGACCGACGCAAAAACUUUCCCACACAACAGCGGAUUGCAGAAAAGGCACAGGAGCAAGCUAGGAAACGAGCGACCGAGAUAGAAUUUUUGCGUAAACUAAAGGGUCUUCCACCCAAGACGCACGACGAGACUAGACUCAACGAGAGCCCGACGAAAGCGCUGCAGCCUCCGAAACCCACAGACGACACCAGAGAGGCCGCGAAGCAUGACAAGGGGCAAGAAGACCUAGCUGCCCUCCGGAAAAAACUCCAUCAAAGCAUGGUCGACAAGCAAAACAAGCCCCCACCUGUAAAUCUAGGUCUAGGCUACGAAUCCGACUCCUCCCUCGCCUCCGACGCCGAAUCUUCCAUCGUAUCCUCCCUAUCCCCAUCCUCUGAAGACGAAAAUGAAGAAGAUGAUGAUGAUGAAGCAGACAGCGAUUCCUCCUCCAACGAACCCCCAGCCCCGACAUCCUCCAAAAUCCCGCCCCUACCCAUCCACAUCCCCCCACCAGGCCCCAAAUCCAACCCAGAAAAAUUGGCCGAGCAGCAAGGCAAGAAAACGUGUGAGACGUGGUUGCGGACCGGGCGCUGUAAAUUCAGUAAUAAAUGCAGGUAUGCGCAUCCAGCGGCUGAUAAGGGUGGGGAAGGGAGGACUGCUGGAGGGCUGGGUAUGAGUUUGUAUGAGAGGAUGGUGGAGCAGGAGUUGGUCAAGCGGGAGGAGAUGGGCUUGAGGGCGAUUAAGUGGUUGGGUGCCAAUGGGGUGUUGGGGUAA